ACUCCAAAGACACGGAGCAUGUGAAUCAAAAUGAAAACACUGAGUGCCAUCAGACAAACGCUAGAAAGAGAGGAAACCGGAGGGAUGGCAAAAAUGCAGGCAAAUGCUAAUACCGAAUCAGUACUAUAGGCUUUCCAUACUAUAGGCGUAAUACCGUGACACACCGGUUGUCUUAUAAGAUCACAGACCGGAUUCUGAAUGCCUCGGAACGAGGAAACCUUCGCCACAGAGGAUGCUAAAACUGUAAGUGUGUAAGCAGCGAAAACCACUGAUCUCGAGCUGUCACAAAGGUUAAUUGUAGUGGAUGGGAACCUUCUCUGCGCCCUCUGCCUUCCACAUGACCCCACUCUCCCCGUUUCCUCGGCUCCCGUGAAGAUACAUAACACUCUCUAACACACACUGACAGCAUGGCGUCCACUUCCCAGAUUCUGGAGUUUAAGCUUUCCCCACCCUCUCAGGAUGGGAGUCCAGAGCGUCUGUUCAGCUGUGAUGAGGACAUUGAACGGCGCUACGAGGUGGUCCCGUCUGUCGUCUGCUCCAUGUGUUGCCUCUUUGGCAUCAUCUACUGCUUCUUCGGGUACCGCUGCUUCAAGGCUGUAAUGUUCCUCACGGGUCUGAUGUUUGGUUCCAUCGUCAUCUUCAUGCUUUGCUAUAAGGAGAGGGUCAUGGACACUCAGCUCAGUGUGGAGGCCAGCGUGGGCAUCGGCCUGGGCAUUGGCACGUUGUGUGGUUUGGUCACUAUGCUGGUCCGUAGCGUGGGGCUUUUCAUGGUUGGACUUCUCCUGGGUUUACUGGUGGCCCUUGCCUCUCUGGUGGUUCUGGAGGAGUUUUACCACCCGAGGACAGUGUGGCUUCCCCUGGGUGUGCUGCUGGGUUCGGGCAUGCUGUUUGCUGUGCUCACGUUGCAGUGGCAGCGCUGUUUCACCACCCUCUCCACUGCCGUCUUUGGAUCCGCUGUGGUGACUGUGACUGUGGAUUAUUUUGUCGAGCUCUUUGCUUUGACAAGGUAUAUCUAUGAGAGGGUGAAGGUGGAUCCGCCUCGCCCAGUGUGUUGGUUCACAUGGGUGGUCAUGGGAGUCUGGCCCGUGCUGGCGCUGCUGGGUGUUCUUAUUCAGUGGAAGGUCACUGCUGAAGGAUAUUCACACACAGAAGUCUUUAUCAGUCACCAGCAGAGACGAGUGCAGUUAAUGCGGAUUCGUCAAAAGGAACAAAGAAGGGAAUGCCGAAAGAAAAAGAAGAAAAAGCCACAGAUACAGCCGCCACAGCAACAGAAGUACCACCACCCCAUUCAGACCAACCCUCCUCCCCCAAACCCUCCUCCCAAACUCCAGCCUCCAGAGCCCACCCACCGCCGCAAACCCAACACCAUUCGCCGCUUCGAUGGAGAUGUGCUUUCUCCGAGUUACAUCCAGAACUUCCGUGACAGACGUACGGACAGGAGGGGCUACUCUCAUGACAGGUUGAUUGGCGGCUCACAUGUUGUAGAUUUGGAAUAUGACUACGGCUCCCGAGUGCCCCUAACGGCCCAUACAGGCCCCGCAGUGAGAGGCUGACCCUGUACUCUUCACUGAACAGGAAUUGCACUGCACAAAACAUUCCGAGAACUUUGCGGCCGGAUCAAAUCUAGAGCAUGUGGUUACCUCAGCCGCCACAAUGGCUGACACGACUUUCAUACCAAAAUCGAUUUGCUGUAUUCCCAUGCUUUAUUUUUGUUUAAAUGCCACAAACCUUGCAGCAAAUGAAUCAUUUGCCUACAAAACAAUGUGGAACCACAGUAUGGCUCUGUUCUCCUGCAUUUAACUCCAUUAUAUAUUGCUGAAGAUGGUUGUGGUAUGUUUGUCUGCUCAUCUUCCCAUAAUUAGGCUGCUGUUUCACUCCAUCCGAGAAGAAUGGUCUCAUUACCACUGCAGAAGAUCUAUAAUGUACAAUCUGAACUCGGGACCAAAUAUGGCUUUGGCUUUUUUUGUGGCCGGACUGUCAUAAAGCAUGCUCGGAUUCUGCCAGGGAGACUAUUCGUAUAUCCAGUUUACAGAUUCAAGCUUCAAUCCUCCUGUUCGUUUGUGACCUUUUAAAGAUGUUUCAGAUAACAUUAUGUUUACAGCACAGGCAGGGAAGUGUGUAUCGUUUUAUAACCGUUUCAAAUGGCUUUAUCUGCUCUGUGUCAGGGCCUACACAAAAUCUGUCAAACCGUGUAUGGUGAACACAAUCUCUGUUCAGUCUGAGCCUAUCGCACAAGCAUAUAAUGAAAUAUAAUGUGUGUUUAUCAUUAGCCAGUGCAUGUGGGCAAAGUGCUACCAUUGCUUUUUUUGUUGUAGUUACAUCUAUUUUUUUAGUUGUUUUUUUCUGUUUAAGGCUUAGUAUCUAGAGACUGUUUGGCUGGCUCCCAGUUAAAUCUCAGGGGCUGUGGCAUCGAGAGGAGCCCUAACGAUGUAAUAGUGAACACUAAGGGGUUUUAUGGGACUGAUUUAAGUGUCCUUGCCUACAAGAGAGAGUUUUGAAAGGGAUUAAAGAAAGAUGCCUAAGAAGGGUGGAAGAGAUUUACAAUGGUGGACUUCUCUGUCUCUGUAUUUGGAGUAUUUUGUGUGGUGUAUGGAUGUGUGGAAGCGUUUGUCAUACUGUGAGUCUGCAGCAGAUUGGCUGCAGGGUUAAGUCUUAAUUUCUGAUUUACCUUCAUAUUUGGAUGUGGGGUGAUUUCACACCCAGUUUCCCGUCUGUGUUUAUCAGGGCUCUCGGAGCAAUGAAGGGUCAAACUCUAAUCUUUUCCUCACUCUGAAGUAGUGAAAGGGCUCAAAGUCUUAAAUUCCUCUCUGUUUACUGUGUCCCUUUCGAAGUGACAGCUUGGCUCUCCUGUAUAUUUUUGUACAUUGUCUGAAUGUAAAUAUGCUUACAUUUCUUUAUUCUUGCUAGUGCUUUGGUUAAUUUUAUAAAUGUUUUCUUUCUUUUUUCUAAUCAGUGGUUACAUCUGUGUGCUGAAGAACUGUCUUUUUGAAUUGUCCCAUUGAUAGUCAU